AAAGUGAGUUGAGGAGUGAAGCGUACAGUAUAUCUUCCGGGUGCACAGAAAGUUUGACUGUGCCGCACAAAAGGCUCUCUGCAAAGGUAGGAGGAGGGUUGUCAGGCUGUCUAGCUCCCUCAGUGUGUGCGUGUGUCAGCCAUGGCGAGCCUCCUGCGUGUGGUGGCUUCCAGCUGCUCGGCCCCUCUGCUCAGUGGCUUGGCCUGUGUGAAAGUCCCCAACGCUGCCGCCUCCGUCAAGACGCCAUGCCUGCGCUUCUUCAGGACCCAGUCUGCUCUGUGGCGCUGUGCCUCCCCAGGCGUCCCCUACAAGCAGCUGACUGUGGGCGUCCCCAAAGAGAUCUUCCAGAACGAGCGGCGAGUGGCUCUGUCCCCGGCCGGCGUGCAGGCUCUCAUCAAGCAGGGCUUCAACGUGGUGGUGCAGUCUGGCGCCGGAGAGCCCUCCAAGUUCCCCGACGAGCAGUACACACAGGCGGGUGCCUCCAUCGCUGGCGUGAAAGAGGUCCUGGGCUCAGACGUACUGCUCAAGGUGCGCGCCCCCAUAUUUAACCCGGAGCUGGGGGCCCAUGAAGUAGACCUGAUGAAGGAUGCAGCUACGCUGGUGAGCUUUAUCUACCCCGCCCAGAACCCCGACCUGCUGGACCUACUGGCCCAGAAGAACACAACCGUGGUCGCCAUGGACCAGGUCCCCCGGGUUACCAUCGCCCAGGGAUACGACGCCCUCAGCUCCAUGGCCAACAUAGCAGGGUACAAGUCUGUGGUUCUGGCAGCCAACAGUUUUGGACGCUUCUUCACUGGCCAGAUCACAGCGGCAGGGAAGGUUCCUCCAGCCAAGGUGCUGAUCAUCGGAGGAGGGGUGGCAGGACUGGCAGCAGCGGGCACAGCCAGGGCCAUGGGCGCCAUCGUCAGGGGCUUCGACACCAGAGCUGCAGCCCUGGAGCAGUUUAAGUCCCUGGGGGCGGAGCCUCUGGAGGUGGACUGUGAGGAGUCUGGGGAGGGCCAGGGGGGCUAUGCCAAGGAGAUGUCCAAGGAGUUCAUCGAGGCUGAGAUGAAGCUGUUUGCCAAGCAGUGCACGGAGGUGGACAUCCUUAUCAGCACGGCACUCAUCCCUGGUCGCCGGGCGCCCAUCCUGAUAACCAAGGACAUGGUUGAGACCAUGAAGGAUGGCUCUGUGGUGGUGGACCUGGCAGCCGAGGCUGGGGGGAACAUAGAGACCACCGUACCUGGGGAGCUGUCUGUACACCAGGGUGUGACCCACAUAGGCUACACUGACCUGCCCAGCCGCCUGCCCACCCAGUCCAGCACCUUGUACUCCAACAACGUGAUCAAGCUGAUCCGAGCCAUCUCCCCAGACAAGGACAACUUCUACUUUGACGUCAAGGAGCAGUUUGACUACGGGACCAUGGACCACGUGGUGCGGGGGUCCAUCGUCAUGCAGAACGGUAAGAACCUGUUCCCGGCCCCCCAGCCCAACAACAUCCCCGUGGCCGCCCCCCCCAAGCCUCCCAGUGUGCAGGAGCUGCAGAAGGCCAAGGCAGCGGCCGUGUCCCCCUUCAAGGCCACCCUCACCACGGCCGGCAUGUACACUGGAGGUUUCACCACUCUGCUGGGUCUGGGCCUGGCCGCGCCCAACGCCGCCUUCACCCAGAUGGUCACCACCUUCGGCCUGGCGGGCAUCGUGGGCUACCACACCGUCUGGGGGGUGACCCCCGCUCUGCACUCCCCUCUCAUGUCUGUCACCAACGCCAUCUCAGGUCUGACUGCUGUGGGCGGUCUCUCUCUCAUGGGUGGAGGCUUGGCCCCCACCAGCACCGCUGAGACCCUGGCUGUUCUCGCUGCUUUCAUCUCCUCCGUCAACAUUGCUGGUGGCUUCCUGGUCACUAAGAAGAUGUUGGACAUGUUCAAGCGGCCCACAGACCCCCCUGAGUACCACUACCUGUACAUGCUUCCCACGGGUGUGUUUGUUGGAGGCUACGCCGCUGCCCUCCAGGCCGGGUACAACAUCGAGCAGAUGAUGUACCUGGGCUCUGGUCUGUGCUGUGUGGGGGCACUGGCGGGGCUGUCCAACCAGUCCACCGCCCGUCUGGGCAACGCCCUGGGCAUGAUGGGCGUGGCCGGGGGCAUCGCCGCCGCCCUGGGCGCGCUCAAACCCAGCCCUGAGCUGCUGGGACAGAUGAGCAUGGCCAUGGCUGUGGGGGGCACCGCUGGUCUGGGCAUCGCCAAGCGGAUCCAGAUCACGGAGCUGCCCCAGCUGGUGGCAGCGUUCCACAGCCUGGUGGGCCUGGCCGCCGUGCUGACCUGCGUGGCAGAGUACAUGGUGGAGUACCCCCACUUUGCCACGGACCCCACCGCCAACCUCACCAAGAUCAUCGCCUACCUGGGCACCUUCAUCGGGGGGGUCACCUUCAGCGGCUCCCUGGUGGCCUACGGCAAACUGCAGGGGAUGCUGAGCUCCUCCCCCCUGAUGUUGCCUGGGCGACACAUGCUGAACGCCAGUCUGAUGGCAGGCAGCGUGGGGGGCCUGGUGCCCUACAUGCUGGACCCCAGCUACACCAUGGGCAUCACCUGUCUGGGCUCCGUGUCAGCGCUCUCCGCUAUCAUGGGUGUGACCCUGACGGCAGCCAUCGGCGGGGCGGACAUGCCCGUGGUCAUCACGGUCCUCAACAGCUACUCCGGCUGGGCGCUGUGUGCCGAGGGCUUCCUGCUCAACAACAACCUGCUGACCAUCGUAGGAGCUCUCAUUGGCUCCUCGGGAGCCAUCCUGUCAUACAUCAUGUGUGUGGCUAUGAACCGCUCCCUGGCCAACGUGAUCCUGGGGGGGUACGGUACGUCCUCCACUGGCACGGGCAAGCCCAUGGAGAUCGUGGGCACACACACCGAGGUCAACAUCGAGCAGACUGUGGAGAUGAUCAAGGAUGCCCACAGCAUCAUCAUUACCCCUGGGUACGGACUGUGCGCAGCCAAGGCCCAGUACCCCAUUGCUGAGCUUGUGAAGACCCUACAGGAGCAGGGCAAGUCUGUCAGGUUCGGUAUCCACCCAGUGGCAGGACGCAUGCCCGGGCAGCUCAAUGUCCUAUUGGCUGAGGCCGGCGUGCCCUAUGACAUCGUCCUGGAGAUGGAGGAGAUCAAUGAAGACUUCCCUGAAACGGAUCUGGUCCUGGUGAUUGGCGCCAACGACACAGUGAACUCAGCAUCUCAGGAGGACCCUAACUCCAUCAUCGCUGGGAUGCCUGUCCUGGAGGUGUGGAAGUCCAAGCAGGUGGUGGUGAUGAAGCGCUCUCUGGGCGUUGGCUACGCCGCCGUCGACAACCCCAUCUUCUACAAGCCUAACACCGCCAUGUUGCUCGGCGACGCCAAGAAGACAUGUGACGCCCUGCAGGCCAAGGUCCGUGAGGCCCAGUAACCGGGGCCACUCACGGGAGGUAGAGGUGAAAGAGGAAGAGGUGGAGGCGGGAAAGGGGUUCACAUAGAUAUAGGCCUCCCUAGAUGAGACACAUCGCCAUAGUCACCUGGCAGCCAUGUUGGAUAGUUGUGUUUUACGUGGGAGUUGUAGUUCUAUGGUCCUCUUCCCUUAGAAGCACAUCCAGUAAGGUGAGAGAGAUGAGGUGAAUGAAGAGUCAUAUAAACUACUAGAUAGACAUACUGUUGUUGUCCAUAUACAUAAGUUGUCAUUUGUUUGUCCCCAUGACAACAGACUUUCCUUUGUCCCUCUUUCCUGUUGUGUGGUUGUCAUGGCGAGAGUAGAUGUCCUCUCAACUAGCGGGCCCUUGGCAAACACUAAUUUAGUUCUGGUUGUUCUUGUAUUGUUCUUCUCUAAACCCCUUUUUUAAUCAAGUGAGAAAAGGAGAAAAGCACAAUGCAGACAUUUUUAUAUAGACAGAAAUUAGUUUUCAUGUUAAACAGUUAACGUUUUAUAUUCCUGUUCAAGUUUUUGUAUUCUGAUCCUAGUCAUGCCUAAAGUGUCUGAUUGGUUGGAAGUCAGCACAGUCUAUUGGCAUAUUGCUGACUGAUUGUUAAGAAGCCAGCAUAGUCCAUCAACCUACGGCUGUCUAAUUGGUUGGGAGGCAGCACCAUCCAAUGACCAGUCUGACCAAGUCAGUAUUAGCAAUUGCACCACAACUGUCUGCUUUUGUCCUUUCCGGCGAGUGUUGUGAUUCCCUGUGCCUUCCAUGUGUCUCCCAGCCUGUGUUGUGGUGGUGAUGUCUGUCUAUGUGACCUGAGUGGACCAGGAUCCAGAGGCUUUAGCUCAGCCAGCCUGACCUGUCCUGUCUAGGGCCUGAAUGAAGACAAGCCCCAUAUGGGAUUCCAUGAUAUGAUUGUGAAAUAUCCAUAAUCGAUAACCUGGUUAGCUGUUAAUUAGUCCCCUCCCUAGCUUGGAUGAACUGCGGAUGUCAAAUGGUUUAAGAUGGUCCAACUUACCUGCAUGUCCUCAAACCUUCUCUUUAUCCCACAUAUCCUACACACAGGGUUAGUUUGGUAUCAGGCGGGCUUAGACUGGUGGUAGAGGAACUGAUGUUCAUCAUAUUCUGACCAUGACAACUACCCUACCUCUCCAUAGAACCAUGAUCUGACCAAUCACGUUUCAUAGAACCCAAACCUGACCAAUCACCUUCCAAUCGGCAUAACCUCGACAUGACCAAUUGCCUUUCAUAGACCCUUUGCAUGGAACCGUAUCUGACCAAUCACCAUCCUUAGAACCUCAACCUGACCAAUCACCAUCCUUAGAACCUCAACCUGACCAAUCACCUCAGCUUGACCUAUCACAAAUUGCAUUACAUAGUGACCUCCAUUUUAACUGUAACUCCGCUUACUCCAAUUCCUUAACACAUCUGUUUCGUUUCUUCAGCUGCGUCUGCAUAGUGAGCUAGUGAAGCUACAUUUUGAAAGGUCAUUACACACAUGCCUCCUGGGCUGUGUACUAACACACAGCUUUUCAUCUUCACAUAGAGAAUGCCAACCGGCCAUAUUUGUACGCUGUUGCCAUUUAUGAGAUGAUAAAAAAAAUGAUUGAAGGGAAAUUUGCCAUUUUUGAUUAAGAAUGAUUUGUCCCCCUUUUUCAGCAGAGUAUUUUUGUAUAGAGGACCGCGAUACUCUAAAGGCUUUGUAAAACGGGCAGUUUGCAGUUGUGACAUGUCAAUGUUUUCAUGUUUAGAGUGAAGAAGGAAAUACUGUGAAUGUUAUUUUCUCUCCCAAAUAAACCUGGAAUUUAAA